GGAGAAAAAAGGAAAGAGAAAAGGGAAAGAGAAAAAAGAAUGGAGAGAAGGGAAAGAAAAGAAAAGGGGGAAAAAGAGAAAGAAGAAAAAGAAAGGGAAAAAGAGAAGCUCGAACAUUUGUCAAACACAACCCCCAACUCUAACAGUGCUAACCUACGUCGUGGUGUUUAG